AUAUGGAUAGACCUCAUAAUCCAAAUGGUGUCAAAGAAUUUUUUACAACACUUCAGAAUCUUCAUUUAUUCGACGCGUGCACUUUAAAGCAUAGUAAUGAUUAUGUUAAAUAUCUGAUUUUUAUGUCAUCCUCAUCAACGUAUCGACUUCGUUUGGACUUCUCCUGA